AUCUGUGAAAUAACCAGGAACGAGUAAAACAAAAUGAAGUGAAUUUAUAUUGUUUUUAUUUCUUAUGACGUGGAAUCGUUUAAUUAUUGAUUGUUCGUAAUAAGAAAUAUAAAAUACAAGUUUUUUAAUAAAAGUGAGAAAGCAAAUUAAAUUAAUCAGAAGAAACGGGAAAUUGUUCAUUAUGGAUGUCUCUGCAUUUUCCGAUGAAAAUUUCGAUGUCAAAGAUUGGAUUAAUAAAACGUUUAAAUCAACUGAAAAUCCGGAAAUUAAACAGGUAUUUGCUACUGUUAUGGUGACAAAAUUACAAUUGUACGUUCAACAAAUAAAUGGAGCACUUGAAGAAACAAGUCAAUCUGUUUUAUCCAGUUUGCCGAGAAUUCUUCGCGACACUCAUCUUUUGCAACAAGAAGCAACAGCUUUACAGGAUAAAAUGGUGGUUGUAAAACAGGAGAUCGCGAAUGUGGAAAAGGACACGGCCUCUUCGAUUGCAGUUUUAGAGAGAAUCGACAGAAUUAAAACUGAUUUACAAACUGCAAAACAAGGUCUUCACGAGGCGGAUAAUUGGACAGUAUUGGCAAAUGACGUGGAAGAGGUCUUUGAAUCGGGCGAUAUUGAAAAUAUUGCCAGUAAAUUGUUUAGUAUGCAAAAAUCAUUAACAAUGUUGGCAAAUGUUGUCGAUUAUGAGGAUAAAAAGUUACAAUUAGAGGGAUUGAAAAAUAGACUCGAGGCGAUGGCAAGUCCUCGACUUGUUGAAGCUUUCACGGCAUCAAAUGCAGAGCAAUCGAAAAUUUACGUAAAUAUUUUCAACAAAAUCGAUCGCCUACCGCAAUUGUUGAAAUAUUAUCACAAUUGCUUAAAAGUUUCCCUGAGCCAAGAAUGGAGACGAACGAUAGAACUUGCCCAGGACGAAAAUAUUACCUAUUGGCUACAUACAUUUUAUGAUAAAUUGUUAUCCGUCUGGCAAGAGCAGCUAAAGUGGUGUACGCAAGUUUUCAAGAAUUUCUCGGUGGAAGUUUUAAUUGAAGUUUACACGGAUUUACUGAGAAAUUUGGAUCCAGGAAUAUUGGAAUGUAUUGAAGCAACUUUAAAGCAACAUACAAAUGCAAUGCAAUUGACAUUAUUGAUGGAAUUGAAGCAAAUAACGAGACACUUCACUGUUAAUUUACAAGGGGCAAUAGAAAUUUCGCAGAAUAAAAUUCAGGAGCAAAAAAUGUUGCAUUUGGCACAAGCAAUUUACAUGCCCUACGUUCCCUAUGUCACGAAAUACAGUAUUUAUGAAAAUGCCCAAUUGGGACAGCAAUUGAAUUCAUUGGAUUGUAUUCACGAUGAUUUGAGUGAAACAAUUAAUUAUCUCUCGCUAAGUAUUUCGAGAAUUUUAGAUUACGCAAAUGAGGCGAAUAAAAGAUGUAAAAUAUUCACUGAGGGCUGUGGUUAUCCUGGUUUACUAAAAUCUCUAAACGGAUACUUCAAUAAUUAUGUGGAAAAAUACAGAACUGGCAUUCGAAUGUUAGAGAAGAGAAAAGUGAAACACGAGGACUGGAAUUUGUUUCAAAUGUGUUUGACACUUAUGCAAACUAUAGGUGAAUUUCUGGGAAAUGUUGAAAAUUUCGAAAAAACAUUGACUAUGGAUAUUAUUGAAAUUAACAAUAAAAUUCAGAAUUCGUCUACAAAUGUUUUUGGACAGUACAAAAUUUUAUUACUAACGGCAGCUGGUCGAACGGAUUUGCAGAAUAUUGUAUCGUCUAUUCAGAGAGAGGACAAGACUGUUUUGGACCCGACGAUAAAGGCAAUUCACAAAUUAUGCGCCGAUUUGCAUAGAACAACGUACGAGGUGAUAUUUUCACCGAUUUUCACGCAAUUAUUGCUGGUGCAAAAAGCACCAGCAUGGUCAAUGACGGAAAAUAGUGGUAGCAGUAUAACGUCAGAUUUACCUGACUACAGUUUUGCACCUCAAGAAUAUAUAACACAAAUUGGACAAUAUUUAAUGACAUUGCCACAACAUUUGGAACCAUUUUUAUUGCGCGACAAUCCAAGUUUAACGCACGCUUUAAAAGCAGCUGACGUUCAGUAUAAUCAAGGAUCCACGGAAUCGGGAUUUGCUGAUAUUCUACUGGGAAUUGUCGCCAAAGAAACUUGUCAAAUGUUUCAAGAUCAAACAUUGGGUAUUUGUGAAUUAAAUUUCGCAGCCUGCAAGCAACUCGCGACUGAUAUCGAUUACCUUGGAAACGUCCUGGAGGAAUUGGGAUUAUCUCUCUCCGAAAAUUUGCAGCAAAUGUCCCAAUUAUUGAGACUGACACCCGAAGAUUAUCAAAGUGGAACAUCGGGUUGUAAUGCACGAGUAGUCGCGGCGGUUCGUCAAAUGCGGAAUAUUACUUCAUCGGGCGAUUAAGGAAUUCAUUUCUAUUCCCAUAUGUGAUUUUUCUGUAAAUAUUCAAUAAUUGAAAAUAAUAAUUCAUUAAUCAAUUUUCAAUAUAUUCUUAAGUUUCCAAAAAUAAAUAUAAUAUAAUAUUA